AUGGGGGACGCAGGGUGGGUGCAGAGCCCACGGCCCGUGGGAGCUCCCCCAGAGCCCUUCCCGCGGCCGCUGCGCCUGUACACGCACCGGCACACCCCUCAGAGCGGGGAGGCUGCCAGCAGAGCCUGCGCUUGGGCUGAGGUCCUGCGGUGGACCCUUACCCCUGGGCUUUACCCCUCAGAGAGCAGCGGUGAGGAGGGCAGCACGGUGGUGCGGAAGGAGCGACGGCGGGAGACCCCCAACCCCAUGAUCCAGAAGACCAGGAGAUGCACGAAGGAGAGGCCCUCGUAUGCGCUGAGCAGCAGUGACGAUGAGGAUCCGUCGAAGGAGAUUGGAGUCACUUACAAAUCGACAAGGUCGGCGAAACCUGUUGGCCCAGAAGACAUGGGAGCCACAGCAGUGUAUGAACUGGACACGGAGAAAGAGAAAGAUGCCCAGGCCAUCUUCGAGCGCAGCCAGAAAAUCCAGGAGGAGCUGAGAGGAAAGGAAGAUGAUAAAAUUUACCGUGGUAUUAACAACUACCAGAAGUACGUGAAGCCCAAGGACACAUCAAUGGGGAACGCCUCUUCAGGAAUGGUCAGAAAAGGACCCAUCCGUGCUCCGGAGCACUUGCGGGCCACGGUGCGAUGGGACUACCAGCCCGACAUCUGCAAAGACUACAAAGAAACUGGGUUCUGCGGCUUUGGAGACAGCUGCAAAUUCCUCCACGACCGCUCAGACUACAAACACGGCUGGCAGAUCGAACGGGAACUGGAUGAAGGCCGAUACGGAGUCAAUGAUGAGGAAAACUAUGAGGUGAGCAGCGACGAGGAGGAUAUGCCUUUCAAAUGCUUCAUCUGCAGAAGUUCCUUCAAGAAUCCUGUGGUCACCAAGUGUAGGCACUACUUCUGUGAGAGCUGUGCCCUCCAACACUAUCGCAAAUCCCAGCGCUGCUACGUCUGUGACAAGCAAACCAAUGGAGUCUUCAACCCAGCAAAAGAGCUCAUGGCAAAAUUGGAAAAACACAAAGGGGAGGAAGAAGAGGAAGAAGAGCAGGAGCAUUCAGACCAUCGAGAGGAUCCGCAGUAGCAGAGCACCCUGUUUUGUAUCUAACCGAAUAAAGCUUUCAUGCGGGCAAAAAAAGCUCACAGCAAUUGCCUUGGGGCCAGCAGCUGUAGCCA